UACAAGUAUCUCGACAAGGUUGUACGUCUUUGCCAGCAGCCGAAAUUAAACUUGAAAAUCAGUCCACCUUAUAUUUUGGAUAUUAUUCCGGACAUAUAUGAGAAGUUGCAAGGUAUCACUGCCAGUUACGAAGAAAACUAUGAUGUUCUUUCUCAGAUAGAAUACUUCCAGAUAUACAUUUCAACAGUGAUAGAAAAAUGUAAGCAGACUAUUAGUCUGUUCAAGAAUUCUAAAGAGAAGAUAUUCGACACUAAUUCAGAUGCGCGCUUUCGUCUGGUUAAGUUGUCACUUGUGUACUCCCACUUACUCAAAGACCUUGAGGCUCUAUUUCCACACAAUAUUUUUGCCUCAACAACUUUCCGAAUAACUAAACCAGAUGCAGCGCGUUGGUGGCUGUCUAAUUUUGAUAAUAGUGCAAUAGUUUCAUGGCACUUAUUUAAACAUUCUCUACUUCAAACAUUUCGCAUAGACUCAGAGAGCCAAUUGUCGGCCUUGCAAACAACAAUAGACAUUACCUGCAAUGAUUAUGUGUCUAUUUUCGAAUUUGACGUAUUCACCAGAUUAUUUCAGCCAUGGUGUAAUAUACUUGAAACGUGGAAAGCUUUGGCUAUUUUGCAUCCUGGUUAUAUGGCGUUCAUGACAUACGACCAAGUUAAGACAGUUCUCAAGCGUUACUGUACUCAUCCUGGUCCGGGAACAUACGUCUUCCGACUGUCAUGCACCAAAUUGGGCCAAUGGGCUAUUGGUUAUAUAACUCAGGAGCUUAAGAUCCUACAAACUAUAAUACAAAAUAAAUCCUUGGCCCAAGCACUAGUUGAUGGAGAAAAGGCGGGAUUUUAUCUGUACCCAAACGGAAAGCCUAAUCCAACUACACUGCUCUUUCACUUAACACACAAUCUCUUACAAGUUCAUUUACAAGUUACCAAGGAACAGUAUCAAUUAUAUUGCGAAAUGGGUUCGUCUUUUGAGUUAUGUAAAAUAUGUGACGAAAAUAAUAAAGACACACAACUAGAACCAUGCGGUCAUUUGAUAUGUAAACAUUGUCUCCGUAAUUGUCAGUCCAAAGGCAAUGGUCAAACUUGUCCAUUUUGUCGACUAGAAAUAAAAGGGAUUGAAGAAGUCGUUGUUGAUCCUUAUAAACCGACGGAAAACUAUAGUACAACAAAUUUUCACAGCACUGAAUCGAUAGUGGUUUGUCCUCGACCACUACUUCUUUUCGAAAACACCAAUAAGACAGUGGACAUCCCUUCGUAUCGUUCUAUGAAUGACUUGUGUAAUACAAUGGAUUUUCCAUCAAACUCCUUCUUGACAGAACCACCACCCAUACCACCAAGAAAUUUAUGUCUCACUCCGAAAACGGACAAGAAGGAAGAAUAUGAAUGUAAGCUCCGAAGUAGUCACACCACUAUCCCAUCCAUCAGCUAUGGAGAUGGAGCUGAAAUAAGUUCCUAUACGCUUAAUUCGAAUUCCCACACAAACAAUCAGGAGCAGAUGUCUGAUCCAUCUCAAAUAAACAACGUACAUGUACAGACAUCUAUUAAUUCUGGUGGUGAUACACAAUUGAGUUCACAAGGAGAAGCACUUCCAACGUCCUUGCGGGUUGAUUUUCAAACAAGUACAGGAAAUAUUAACCAAGCAAAAGAUUUAAAUUAUACACAGCUAGAUUUGAAGAAAUCGGAAUCAGACAGUGACUUCGAAACUUUUAUUCCCAAUAGAUCGAAUGCAAUCGAAGACCGACAAAAUAACUCAGUGUAUACAAAUUGCCUUCCACAUAAGUACUUAAACACCACUUCCUGUUCUCCGUCAAAUACUGAUGAUAAUAAUAAGGGCUACUGCCCUACAGCUAAUGUGAUAACCACUGAUGCACCGGACUCUAGUAUAAUAUUUAUGACAAUGAAAUCUGUGAAUGAAAAUAUAGAACAGUUGCUUGGUAUGAAUCCUGAGAUGACAGAAGAUACAGCGAAGCUUUUGCUAACUAUAACAGAUAAUCAUAUUAAUAUGUCACACGAAAUUUGGAAAUAUUUUAUGCCACGUGUAUAA